AUGUCUAAGAAUAAAAAAAGUAACGUAGAUCAAUUACUGGCAGAAAUGCUGGCUAAUCAUGCCGAUAAAAGUUAUCGAAAUUUAGUUAAAGAAGUGAUGAAGAAGCAUAUCAAGUUAACCGAAGAGGGUAACAGCCCUCAUUCACAUUAUGAGUUAGGGCGUAUCUAUCAUUUAGGUAAAGAUGGAAUUCAUCAAAAUUUAGAAAAAGCUUACGAACACUACCAAAUUGCUAGCGAUCACGGCCAUCCGGUAGCACCUUAUUAUCUUUGUCAAAUGAUCGGUAGCCACGAAGAAAGACGAGACGCUGAUAAAAUACGAUUUAUUAGCCAAUCUCAUCACCUGAUUGAUAUCAAAGUCCGAUUAUUAAUUAAAGCUGCUGCUUGUGGAGCUUACUGUAAAGCUGAACAAAAGUACAGUUAUUAUUUAGCUUCAUCGAAAUUAUGGCAAGACGGGAUCAAUCGGUACAAAAACUGGCUAGAAGAGCAAAUUCGAAGUGAGGAAGAUCAAGCUAAACUCGGUCGUUGGAACCAUUAUCUGGGAUUUAUCGCUUAUAAGAAAGGGACAGUUAGUGGCUUAACUGAAAGUCGUCAAUAUUACCUUCAAGCCUACCGUUACUUUAGUCAAGGUGGAAAAUUCGGUUGUGCUGCUUCUUAUUAUUAUCUUGGCUAUUGGUUAUAUCGUCUUAAAAUUGGCUACGAUGGCCAUGAUUAUAAAGAAAAAGCUGAAAAAUAUUUAUAUAAAGCAGCCCAACAUGGACAUAUUAUGUCCAAGCUAUUAAUCAUUAAAGACUAUAGGCAUAACUAUUCAACGGAGUUGAUUGUCGAUUACCUAACGGCAUCAUCGUCGUUUGGAUUUAGUAUCGUUAUGUAUUAUUUAGCUAUUCUUUAUUUUCGUGGUGUAACUGAUAUCAUCCUACGAAAUUAUCCACUUGCAUUAGAUUAUCUCAAAUUUGCCCUGGUUAAUAGUGAUAUUGAAACAUUUCCAUUCCCAACCAGUUGUAUGUAUUAUUCACUAGGUCUAAUGUAUCAUUAUGGGCUCGGUAUCCAUCACCAUUACAAUCAAGCUAGCUAUUAUUACUAUCUAGCAUUACAAAAAAAUAACGAUGCUUAUUCGCAUUAUGCUGCAUGGCAAAUUGGCAAAUUGAUUCAAAAGAGGCGAUUAUCAUCGUGUGAUGACAUUCAAGUUGCUAUCGGUUGUUAUAGACGUGCUCGAUUAAUUAAUCAAUUUUACGGUUACGGCUGUUAUAGAUUAGCUAAAUUAAUUUUGAAAUCGCCGCAAACAUUGUCUUUAACUGAAGAUAUAUCAUCGACAUAUUAUUUCAAAUUAGCAAUGAAAUGCUCUUCUCUAUCACCUUACUAUAAAGGUUUAAUGUACGAAUAUGGUCUAGGUGUUAAUGUCGAUUUAACCCAAGCACGGACAUUUUAUACUAGUGCAAUUGAAAAAGAUGGAUUGUUUUGUGAUAUUUAUACUGCCCACUUGGCCGAUAAAGCAAGGCAAAAAAUGGAUUUAAUUCAAAUCGGUAUAACAUAUAGAGGAAUUUUGGCUCUUUCUUAUUAG